AUGCAUUGCAUCAUACCAGUUACAGAUGAUUUGCAUAGCAAAGUAAAGGCUGAAGAGAAACUGGAGAGCAUCUUCCACUCACCAGGAAUAGAAAAGUUUUACUUUGCCGGCCACAAAAUCACCAUCCAAGAAUCGUUUGACUCCUAUGGAGCCCUCGUCUGGCCUGGGGCAGUGGCUCUCUGCAACUACCUGGAAGCAAAUCAAGAGCAUGUCAGUCUGCUAGAUAAGGCAGUUCUGGAGCUAGGAGCAGGAACAGGACUAGUGUCCAUUGUGGCCUGUUUAAUGGGUGCAUGGGUGACAGCCACAGAUCUGCCUGACAUCAUGGACAAUCUAAACUUCAAUCUCUCACGCAACACACGGGGCCGCUGCAGGUAUACACCUCAGGUGGCCCAGCUGACCUGGGGGAAAGACCUGGACCAUCAUUUUUCCAGUUCUAUCUAUAACUAUGACUACAUCCUAUGCGCAGAUGUUGUCUAUUACCAUAACAGUCUGGAUGAGCUACUACUCACUAUGAAGCACUUCUGCAAACGCGGAACCACCCUGCUCUGGGCCAACAAGAUUCGCUUCUCCUCAGACCUGGACUUCAUUGAAAGUUUUAAGAAGGAAUUCAAUACCACCCUUCUAGUGGAGCUUCCAGAUGAGAUGGUACGAAUAUACCAGGCCAUGACAUGACUGAAUCU